GCCUCCUCUCUGUUUCUUCUCAUUCUUCGGUUCCUUCUCUUGGAGGCGAUGGCGGUGUCGGAGACCGCGAGAUCGGGGUCGUCGGCGGACUCAUACAUCGGGAGCCUCAUAAGCUUGACCUCCAAGAGCGAGAUCAGAUACGAGGGGGUCCUCUACAGCAUCAACACCCAGGAGUCCAGCAUAGGCUUGCAGAACGUACGCUCAUUUGGAACUGAAGGACGAAAGAAAGAUGGACCACAGAUACCACCAAGUGAUAAAAUCUAUGAGUACAUACUCUUCCGAGGAAGUGAUAUCAAGGACUUACAGGUUAAGUCCUCUCCACCAGUUCAGUCAACAUCCAUAAACAACGAUCCUGCUAUAAUCCAGUCACAAUAUCUUCGUCCUGCAUCUACCUAUACAAGCACACCUUCUGUUGGAAGUGGAAGUAUAGCAGAUCUUAGUUCUCAUACAGCUCAGUCGGGGCUUGCAAGCUCAACAUUUCAAGGAAGUUUACCUCUUUAUCAACCUGGUGGAGGCUUGGGGACAUGGGGUUCCUCACCCACCCCUCCAACUGCAAAUGGUUCUGGACUCGCAAUGCCACCAUUGUAUUGGCAAGGAUAUUAUCCCCAAUCUAGUGGUCUUCCUCAUUUACAGCAACCAACAUUGCUCCAGCCACCACCAGGGUUGCCUAUUCCUCAUUCCAUGCCACUCCCUUUUCAAUAUCCUGGAGUGAAUCCAUCCUUUCAAUCUGGAUCUCAGAAUUUGCCUGAGAUUCGUCCACUUCCACAUGGUACUCCUACCCCAACCUCUGGUCCAUUGCCAUCAAUGAUGGAUCCAUCGUCAGCAAGCACAUUAUCUCUGGAAACAACAUCAACUCUGUUGCAUAAUAGAACUCCGGUAACAACUGUCCCUGCAACAACCUUCAGCAUUAGUCUGCCUUUGGUGCCUCCUUUGACUUCUAAUUUUGAAAAGACUGCACCCAUGCCCCAGAGUAUGUCUUCUGUUGUUAGUAGCAAGCCUAAUACAGAACCUGGUUCAACCAUGGCACAUUUAUCUGUUUCACAGCCAGUACCUUCUGCUGUUGUUUCAUCUAGUUCAAGCCAAGUUGAAAAGCCAGUAGGUUUAGUGACACCAGGUCAGCUGUUGCAGACAGGCUCCUCCAUGCUUCCUUCAUCUCAGCCCUUGCAGACGAGCCAAACAGAUGCUGAUGCUAAAACACUUGAAGAUAAGUCUAAGCCGUUGCUUCACGAACCAUCAUGUAGUUCAGCAGCAGAAGCCAUGGAGCCCAUAUUGUCAAUUCCAAAAUCAACCAUGCAGAAGUCAAACGGAGCUGCUUUACACAAUUAUUACAACAGGGGCCGUGGAAGAGGAAGAGGAAGAGGAAGAGGAAAUGAGCAUUCACGUCCUGUGACUAAUUUUACUGAAGACUUUGAUUUUAUGGCGAUGAAUGAAAAGUUCAACAAAGAUGAAGUCUGGGGUCACCUUGGAAAAAAUAAAGCCCAUUGGAGGGACAACCACGGAGAACUGAUAGAGGAUGAAAGUGACUAUAUUCUGGAGGAAGAUGAUGAAGCUUUAAAGCUUGUGACCAAGCCUGUCUAUGUCAAGGAUGAUUUCUUCGAUACACUUUCUUGUGCGACCCUUGAUCAUGGGACACGAGGUGGGAGGACUAGAUAUUCAGAGCAGUUGAAGAUAGACACGGAGACGUUUGGUGAUUUUAGAAGACAUCGACCAGCUCGAGGUGGUGGACGUGGCUUUCGGGGUGGUGGUCGUGCUCGUGGGUCUUACGGUGGCAGGGGCUAUGGAUACUUCAACAGGGGGCGCGGUUAUGGUCACCCGCAUCACACUUCCUAGCAAAAACUUUUGCUAGCAUCAGUUUUGGUGCUGGUAGGCUACUAUCAGCUGAAUCAGAAAUGAAGGGACUGAUUUUUCACUGGAGCUUAGCCUGAAAAAAAAAGAAAAAAAAUUUGUAGUCCGAGUUCUGUUCCAGUUGCCAUAUAAUUACUCUUGAAGUAGCAGCAGCUGCAGCAGCAGCCACAAGGUAUGAAGGGCUCCAUUUCUAGUACUCGAGCAAACAACUUCUGCUGUUGCUGGUCUUUAUGCAUCAUUCAUUGCAGUGGUUGAUCUUCACCGUGGCGAUGGCAUGGGUUUCUUCCAAGUUUUAACAUUUGUUAUGCAUCUUUCCUUGUAGCACUAAUUCAUCACUAUGCAUAGUUUAACGUCAGUUUACUCAGAAACGAGAAAUUUCAUCAGUUAAAUUCUGCCUUUGCACCCUUUUAUCGGCA